AUGGUUUCUCGAGAUUCUAUGGAGGAAAAUAUUUCCAGCAGUGAAAUAGCUUCCUUACAUGCUGGAGAGAUUCCACGGAGCAGAUCAGAAGGGACUUUGAUUGACACGGAUGACCAAACACCUUCAUCCAGCUACAAUGACUGUAAAAGUAAAUUGGAUUUGAAUAUUGAUGGUUCUGAUAUAUUGGAACAUGUCCAUGCUGUUUCAAAGACCAAUCCUUUCUGGAAUGAACUGUCAGCAUCCAAUCCUUUCAUAUAUGACAUAGCUGCUUCAAAUAGGAAUGAAAAUAGCAAAUAUCUUUCUGUCCUAAAAGAAAACCCUUAUUUGUUCUCCAGAGCUUCUAGCAACAGGGAGUCUCUGGCUUCGUCAGGUGAUGAGCUAGAUAUUGAUUGUCUUCUGAGAAAGACUUCAGCAAGAAGAUCUGGACGAUCUAAGAGUAUCUCUGACUUCCUGGAUAUUAUUGAUAACCGAAAAUUUAAUCCUCACAAGACAGCCCCUCAAAAACCUAUAGCAUCAGAUACACUGUGGCUUCAAAAUGACCGUGAAGCAUACAAGAUGGCUUGGUUGAGUCACCGACAGCUAACCCGCUCUUGCCUAGAUUUAGAAGCAAGGAGUCAAAGUCCUGGAUGGGCACAAACACAAGCUACAGAUGUUUGUACAGUCGGUAAAUUGAAUCAUGAAGGGGGAUCUGUACAGCUUCCUGACUCUGAUAUCAAUGUUCACAUUCCAAUGGGCCAUGUAUUACCUGGAGAAUUCCAAGAAGUUGGUUUAAAGGCCAUUCUUAACCCUCCAUCAUCACUUAACAAUGAACUGUCUAUCACUGUAAGUCCUCUAAUAGAAAUUACAUUAAGCAACCUCAGCACAAGGGAAGCCAUUUUCCUAGAAGCCAAAGUUGCAGCUAAAGUGAAGAACGAUCCUCUCAGCCAAGUUAUGACUGAUAUUGUCUGCUUUUACAGUUUCAGUAAAGAUGGGCCUUUUAAAAAGUUACAGAACUGCUACUUUUAUGAAGAUACCGUACAAGUGAAGCUAACAGACCUAAGUCAUUUGAUGUAUAUAGUGAUUGCUGUACAAGCGAAUAAAAUUCAACCUCCAGCCACUACUGUCUGGGACUAUGUUCAUAGAACUGUCUCAGUUGGAAUUUAUGGUCCCAAGUAUAUUCAUCCAUCUUUUACAGCAGUUUUUACAGCCUUUGGUCAUAACUACAUUCCAAGAAAACUUACAAUUUGUGAUAUUAAAAAGGGAGGGAAAAAUAUGCCCCCUGUUGUGUUUCAAUUGUGGGGAAAGCACACACUUCUGCUUGAAAAGCCACAAGAUUUAAACAUUUCUUUGAUAUCCUGUGAUCCAGAUUUUGAAGUGAAGGUGGAAAAUCAAAGCAAAAGUAUUAAAGAAGAACAACUGAAAACUGGUGAAAUGGUCCGCCAACAAUUCCUGUUUUCCAUGCUAGGAUCCAGGGAGAUGCAUUUCUUUCUUUUCCUUGUUCAGAUUAAAGACUCAAAAAGUGGUCAAGUGAUGCAGUUCUGUGUUACAACUCCUGAUCCAGCUCCAAAAUUAAGUGGAAUUGUCAGUAGGCCAAAGUGCUUACAAAAACGCAAAGAAAUCAAGUCUGCACCAUUGCUAUUAAUACCAACAGUUAAAUAUCCAAAGUUUCAAGAUAAAUUUUUAAACAUUAGCACCUAUGGAGUGGCUUUGAAGACUGUGUUACGUCAAAGUAAGAUAGACUAUUUGCUAGAAUAUUUUAAAGGGGAUACAAUAGCCCUUCUUGGUGAAGAUAAAGUAAAAGCUAUUGGGCAGACUAAAGUAAAAGAAUGGUAUGUGGGAGUUCUCAGGAAAAAGGUUGGUCUUGUACAUCGUAAAAAUGUAAAAGUGAUUUCCAAAGAACAAGCUAUGGAUACUGCUGAUAGUGAGCUACUAACCAGGAAUCUUGUUGAACAAAUUGCGCUGCCAUUUAAAAAACUGACUUACAUCUACUCAGUAGUCUUAUCUACAGUAUCUGAGAGUGUUUAUGAUUGGAGAGCUUUGGCUGAAGUGCUAGGAUAUUCACAUAUGUCAUGGGAUGACUUUAAUGAGAAAUAUGUUGAUAAGGAAUCAGAAAGAGUUGCGCACGUUGUGAAGAGGCUGAAGGAAGACUGCCACGCUAACAAAAAGAAAAGAUUAUUUCUUUAUGAACUCAUUGUUGCACUUCUGAAGAUAGAUUGCCAGGGAUUAGUGGCACGUCUUACCCAGGACACUGUCAUUUUGACUUCAGCUGUCAAGCUUGGCAAAUGUUGGCGGGAACUUGCGGAGAAGCUAGCCAGACUCACAAAGCAGCAAAUUGAGGCUUAUGAAGUACCUCAUCAAGGGAAAAAUGGAGAGGUCACUCUGGAAAUGAUGUGGAAACCUGCGUAUGACUUUCUGUACACAUGGGGUGCCCAUUAUGGAGAUAGUUACAGGGAUGUCUUACAAGACCUGCAAUCAGCUUUGGAUAAAAUGAAAAACCCUGUAACAAAACACUGGAGAGAGUUAACUGGAACUUUGAUUCUUGUGAAUUGCAUGGAUGUUUUAAGGGCAAGUGCCUUCUCCACAGAGGAGAAGAAGGAAGAAUAG